CGCGCUUGGGGCUGGGGAUUUAGCUCAGCGGCAUAUGCACCUGCCUUGCAAGCAGGCAGUCCUGAGUUCGACCCCCGGUACCGAUAAAAAGGAAAAAAGACCAAAAAAAAAAAAAAAGAAAAAAAAAAAAAAAAAAAAAAAGAAAAGAAAUGCCGCGCCUUCGCGGGCUUUCUCGAAGGCUUGUAAGGUCCAGGCGCCCUUCCCAAUAGACUCCAGGGGACCGUGCCGCCUAAAACACCACCUGCAACGGCAAGCGCGCGGGGCCUGACGUGGCGUCCUCGCUGAACGCCGGUUUCGAAAAGCACGGGCCGGGCGGCCAGGCUAUUAGUGUCCGUACUUUGCCGGUCCGGGGCCAUAGCAGGAGUUCCGGCUCGCAUCGGGAGGGCGCACAGCCUCCGCAGAAUCCGACAGGCGCGCGACGACCGCACGAGCAGCGCAGGCAGAUCUGCGGGCAGCCCCGCAGGGCUGAGGACCCUGAUGGCUGCGUGGGGAGGCGGGAAGGGGGAAGUUUCAAAGCCCUAGUAGCUGAGUUUCCGCUGCCCGGGAAAGAUGAAGCUGUACUGUGAGGUGGAGGUGGUCAGCCGGCACUUGCCAACUUUGGGGCUGAGGAAUCGGGGUAAGGGCGUCCGCGCCGUGGUCAGCCUGUGUCAGCUGCGGGGACCAGCGAAGAGCGAGCCGACCGGCCCACGCCCGGCCUGCCUUCUCGUCUCCACCCUGAAGGACAGGCGCGGGACCCGCUAUGAGCAGCUAAAGGAGAACAUUGAGCAGUUCUUCACCAAAUUUGUGGAUGAAGGGAAGGCCACUAUCCGGUUAAAGGAACCUCCUGUGGAUAUCUGUCUAAGUAAGGCCGAUCCUGGCAGUUUAAAGAGUUUCCUUUCAGCUCUGAGACUGGCUCAUAGAGGCUGUGAUAUCAACACAUCACUUUCAACGCUCACAUCAGUGAAGAGUUCAGAAUUUGAAAAAUUUAAAACUAAAAUGAUUAUCACAUGCAAAAAAGAAUAUCCCCUAAGCAAGAACUUUCCAUACUCCCUGGAACAUCUUCAGACCUCUUACUGUGGGCUAAUCCGAAUUGACAUGCGCAUGCUUUGUUUAAAAAACCUUUUGAAAUUAGAUUUGAGUCAUAACCACAUAAAAAAGCUUCCUGCUACAACUGGAGACCUCAUACACCUUCAAGAACUUGACUUGAGUGACAAUCACUUGGAGUCAUUCAGUGUGGCCUUUUGUCAGUCUGCACUCCAGAAAUCACUUCGAAGGUUGGAUCUCAGCAAGAACAGAAUCAAAGCACUCCCUGUGCAGUUCUGCCAGCUCCAACAACUUACCGAUUUAAAACUAGAUGAUAACGAAUUGAUUCAACUUCCUUUCAAGAUAGGACAGCUAAAAAAUCUUCGUUUUUUGUCAGCAGCUCGAAAUAAGCUUCCAGUUUUGCCUAGUGAAUUUAAAAAUUUAUCUCUUGAGUACUUGGAUCUUUUUGGAAAUACUUUUGAACAACCAAAAACCCUUCCAGUUAUAAAGCUGCAAGUGCCAUUAAGUUUAUUGGAGUCUACUGCAAGAACCAUGCUGUGUAAGAGGAUUCCGUAUGCCUCUCAUCUCAUUCCUUUCCAUCUCUGCCAAGAUUUGGAUACUGCAAAAACCUGCAUUUGUGGAAGAUUUUGUCUAACGAGUUUUAUUCAAGGAACUGCCACCAUGAACCUGCACUCCGUCGCCCACACUGUGGUCUUAGUGGAUAACAUGGGUGGGACUGAAGCACCUAUUACCUGUUAUUUCUGUUCUUUAACCUGUUACAUUAACUCCUCAGAUAUGUUCAAGUGACGCCACGCUGUGGAAGAAACUUCACUUUAGUUACAGAUCAGUCAGGGAUUAAUUAGCUUGACCAUGUUGGUUUGGAGACAGGGAAGCUUUCUGUAUGCUUGCUUGCAGAGGAAUGGGUAUGGGCCAAUGUUAAGUCCUCUAAGACUUUGAUCUCAUUGAAACCAAAUUUUAUUGCAGGGUUAACUUAUAUUGUAGUGUAGGUUGUAGGGUUAUCUUUUGUAUUUACUUUAUUCAUUCAUUUUUGCAGUACUGGGGCUCAAGCCCAAGACCUUCUAGCCAAACUACAUCCCCAGAGAAUUAUUUUUUUUAAACUUUAUAUUUCGAGACAGGGUUUUGCUAAGUCACUAAGCAGUCCUCCUGCCUCAGCUUCCCAGAAUGCAGGGACAACAGCGUUGUAACACUGCAGCCAGCUGUUUUCUCCUUCAGUAGUGGAGAUCAAAACCUGAGCUGUGUGUAUUAGAGACAAAAGCUGUAUUAUCAAGCUAUGUCCCCAAAGCAAAGCGAAGUUUCUAUAUGCCAGAAAAAUAAACUUCUGAGUAUUAAUGUUCUAAA